AUGGCAUUUAAAUCAGUACAGUUACACAGUUGAAAGUGGAAUAACGCUUCGUAGAAAAGGUCUCCUUUAAACAACCAACUUGGUGGAAUUUUUUUAAAAAUAUAUAAGUCACUCCCAUCAUGGCUACUAAAAGAAUGGAUUUGAGUAAAAAGUGUUUCUUUGUCUUGAGUGGAGUGUCUAAUCCUUUGGGCAAGCAUCUGGCCCUGGAAAUGUGCGCUCGUUUUCAACCCGAAUCCCAAGUUUUGCUAAUCGAUACCAUGGAAGAAGAUCUGCAGGAGAUACGCAAAGAAAUCGAGGCCUUGGAUAAGAAGAUCCACGUUGUUUGCUGUAAUUUAAUGGAGUGGCAGAAUGCCCACUCCACUUUAUUCCACAAUUUGCUUGCCACUGUACUCGGCCUCCACAACAUCGAGCAAGGAGGCGCUAAGCAGUUUGAAUUGGCAUUGAUAGUCCAUAAUGAGGGCACCGCUGCCACCCACAUGCUAAUGGAGCCCCAGGAUUUGGAGAAAUGGCAAGAUUUUGUCACUCAAACCCUAAAUGCUCCAGUGGAUCUCAAUCAAGAAUUCAUCCAUUGCAAGGCCUUGAAGGGCAUCGAAAAACUGGUGGUGAACAUCAACUCAAAUCUCUUGGUCCUACCUUUGGUCUACAACUCGCUAAGCUGUUCUUGCAAAAAAGGGCGCGAUAUGUAUUUCCGUUCUUUGGCUGCUGAGGAAAGUCUUAAUGAUGUGACGGUCAUGAGCUAUGCCCCUGGCAUCUUGAAAACCCAUGAGCCUCAAUACGAUGCCAACAACAAUGUCAUAGAUGUGGCCGACGUGGUGGCUGAUGAUGAGGAUGCUGACAAGCUGUUGAAGCUGCCGCGCGUGGGACCCAAACAGGCCACCCUCAAGCUCAUCAAUAUCUUGGAGGAAAUCUCCUUUAUAUCGGGUCACGAUGUGGACUACUACGACACCUAUGUUUUAUGAGGAGUACUGUAUAAAUAUUAUCAGUAUGCAAAGCCCUCAAAGGCGACUGAUAAUAUUUAUACACUGCAGCUUUCAUUUAAACUCGACUUUGGAAUUGUGUUAUUGGGCCUACAACGAGAUAAUGAUUUGAACGGUGCUGACUUUGUUAUUGAUGAUGAAUUUAGAAUUAAUAAACUACUUAAUCUAUGGAUUUUGCUCAAACUAUUCUGCGAGGAGCAGAAUGAUAAUCAAGAAAACGAAAA